GUUUUCUGUCCUACGAUUGGCUGUUAUGCCACUCGGUAAUAGGUUAAGCAAAGACAUUGCCAUUCCAUCUGUUCAACCAUUCAUUGUUCUUCUUGCCUGCCUGGAAGUCUGCAGCUAAAAUUGUGUUAAGGAGUUACUGCUGAAGCUGCUACAGAAACCAAUGUCUUUGCAUUUUCCUGCUAACGAAUACGGGGUGCUUUGUGUUCAGGAAUAUAGAACAAACAGCAGCAAAGUGGAGUCAGGUGCACGUAACAGCUUCAUGGGCUUGAAGGAUCAGCCGGGGCAUGACCUAGGCCACCUUUACGUGGAGAACACUGACCCACAUUUAAGUAUAUCUGCACCUUGGCCAAUGGUAGAAAAACCAACAAUGGAUAAAGUUAAUUCCGGGAAGGAAGAACAAGAGGUGUCUGAAGAGAAUGCGAGCUCUGGUGACUCCGAAGAAAGCACAAAUUCUGAUAAUGAAUCAGAACAGUUGAGUAGCAUUUCAGUAGAGCCAUGCUUAUUAACCAAGACUCACAGACAGCUACGUAGGUCUCCCUGUUUAGAGCCUCACAGAGUCAAAGACAGUGAAAGUUUGCAAGACUUUAAACCCGAAGAGUCCCAGACUAUAUCCAAGGAAGUGAAGAAACCCCCGGAUGUAGUGCGAGAAUACCAAACAAAACUAGAGUUUGCACUUAAGUUAGGUUAUUCUGAAGAACAGAUUCAGCUCGUGCUAAACAAACUUGGUACCGAUGCUUUAAUCAAUGAUAUUUUGGGAGAACUUGUCAAACUUGGAAAUAAAAGCGAGGCUGAACAAACGGUUAGUACAAUUAACAGUAUAAUGCGGGAAACGUCUUCCCUGGAAUCCCAGCGGUCUGAAUCUCCAAUGCAAGAGAUUGUAACAGAUGAUGGAGAAAAUCUGAGACCAGUAGUAAUCGAUGGCAGCAAUGUGGCAAUGAGCCAUGGAAACAAAGAAGUAUUUUCCUGCCGAGGAAUAAAAUUGGCAGUGGAUUGGUUUUUGGAAAGAGGCCACAGAGAUGUUACAGUUUUUGUUCCUGCGUGGAGAAAAGAGCAGUCCCGUCCUGAUGCUCUCAUUACAGAUCAAGAAAUUCUUCGUAAGUUAGAAAAGGAGAAAAUCCUGGUGUUCACACCAUCCCGGCGCGUCCAGGGGAGGCGAGUGGUGUGCUACGAUGACAGGUUCAUCGUGAAGCUGGCUUUCGAGUCAGAUGGUAUAAUUGUGUCCAAUGAUAACUACAGGGAUUUGGCUAAUGAAAAACCAGAAUGGAAGAAGUUCAUAGAUGAGCGAUUAUUAAUGUAUUCAUUUGUCAAUGACAAGUUCAUGCCCCCUGACGACCCUCUUGGCAGACAUGGCCCAAGCCUGGAUAAUUUUCUGAGGAAGAAACCUAUUGUUCCCGAACACAAAAAGCAGCCUUGUCCAUACGGAAAGAAGUGUACCUAUGGACACAAGUGCAAAUAUUAUCAUCCAGAAAGGGGCAGUCAGCCUCAGCGGUCAGUGGCUGAUGAACUCCGUGCCAUGUCUAGAAAUACAGCUGCUAAAACUGCAAAUGAAGGCGGACUGGUGAAAAGCAACAGUGUUCCCUGCAGCACUAAGGCUGAUAGCACUUCUGAUGUCAAACGAGGUGCUCCAAAGAGGCAAUCGGAUCCAAGCAUUAGGACUCAAGUCUACCAAGACCUAGAGGAAAAGCUUCCCACCAAAAACAAAUUGGAAACCAGGUCUGUACCUUCCUUGGUUAGUAUACCGGCCACUUCUACUGCAAAACCCCAAAGCACUACAUCUUUAAGCAAUGGCCUUCCAUCUGGAGUUCAUUUCCCACCUCAGGAUCAAAGACCACAGGGACAAUAUCCUCCAAUGAUAAUGGCAACCAAAAAUCAUGGAACGCCAAUGCCUUAUGAUCAGUAUCCAAAAUGUGACUCACCUGUCGACAUUGGAUAUUAUUCCAUGUUGAAUGCAUAUUCAAAUCUGAGUGUCUCAGGCCCGCGAAGUCCUGAAAGGCGUUUCUCUUUAGACACAGAUUAUAGGAUAAGUUCUGUAGCUUCUGACUGCAGCAGUGAAGGGAGCAUGAGCUGUGGGAGCAGUGACUCAUAUGUGGGGUACAAUGACCGGUCCUAUGUCAGUUCUCCUGACCCACAGCUAGAAGAGAAUUUAAAGUGUCAACACAUGCACCCUCACAGCCGCCUUAAUUCCCAACCCUUCCUGCAGAAUUUCCACGACCCCUUAACCAGAGUACAGAGUUACAGUCAUGAAGAACCAAAGUACCAUCAUAAGCCUCCUCUUCCACAUCUGGCUAUGCAUCUGCAGCACCCAGCUGUGGGAGCCCGGUCCAGUUGUCCUGGCGAUUACCCCUCUCCUCCAAGUUCAGCACACUCUAAGGCACCACACCUAGGGCGAUCCUUAGUGGCCACAAGAAUAGACAGCAUUUCUGACUCUCGGCUGUACGACAGUUCUCCUUCAAGACAAAGAAAGCCUUACUCCCGCCAGGAAGGGCUGGGAAGCUGGGACAGGCAGAGUUAUGGGAUCGAUGCAUAUGGCUAUCGGCAGACUUACUCCUUGCCUGAUAACUCUACACAGCCAUGCUAUGAGCAGUUCACCUUCCAGAGCCUUCCUGAGCAGCAGGAGCCGACAUGGCGAAUACCGUACUGUGGACUGCCGCAGCAAGAUCCUCCGAGAUACCAAGACAACCGAGAAAAGAUAUUUAUCAACUUGUGCAACAUCUUCCCACCUGACCUUGUGAGAAUUGUCAUGAAAAGGAACCCUCACAUGACAGAUGCCCAGCAGCUAGCUGCAGCCAUUUUAGUGGAGAAAUCACAGCUGGGUUAUUGAAAGAUGAUGCAUCUUUGUGGUGUUUAGUAGUUUUUUGUUCAGCUCAAAUGCUGAGGGAGGUUUGCUACAAUAGCACAUGUGAUCUCCUUCUCAGCAAGGAGGUUAUAUAGUAUCCAUUUAUGUGAAAUACUGUAUCAUGGAAUCUGUAUGUAUAGCCCCACAUAGUGGAAGUAUCACGGGAUUGCUUUACAUUCAAACUUUUUUUUAACAUUUCCUUUUUAAAGCUAUAUCCUUGGCUGGAAAUUUUUCCAGUUUGAUUUAUUAAGUGUAUCUGUGAUCUUUGAUAUUAAUCUUUGGUGCAUCAGGGGUUUAUAUGCAGCACUUUUUAUCCUUAUUUCAUGUUUUAUUAACUUGGUGUUUCUCUCUCAAUUGCAAGCAAUUACAAUACCUUCAGAAUGUCGAACAUUUGACUAGACCUAACAAACUAUUUUUUCAAGCCAAGCUUAAUUGGAAUCUUUUACAGCUUUUUAAGUUAUUUUUAUUUGGGGAAAGUGGGCUUCUUUGUGCUAUAAUCAUUAUUUAUAGAAACAAAGAUAUACUAAAGCACUGACUUUAUAUUUUAAACAAAAUGUCAGUUACCAGUUUAUACUGAAAUGGGUAACACUAUAUAUUAGAAUAAUUUACAAUAUGGCACUUUUCAUUGUUUUAUUUUUGUUUGGAUUUUUUGUCUGUUAAGUAAUUAGUUAAUUUAAUAUGGUUGAUUUAAAGGAAAGCAGAUGCAAUCAAUGGAAAAAAUUGUUUCCAUUUUUUUAUAAAUAAGGCAAAAGCCGUAACUGUUAACAGUUUAGAGCUUUGUUAUCCAGCUAUGAUGUGCUUCUAGAUAGUAGAAAUGGAAUUGAAUUCCUAGAUUCCCAUUGACCUGUAUUUUUAACGUGUUUGUCUUUUUGUUUGGGGGCACAACAAUACUGGAUAAAAUAACCUUUUCGCAGUACUUGCCUCUUUUUAAUGAAUCUAAUUAUUCUCAAUGCAACUUUUAUAUUUAAUAUGCUCUUUAGCUUUCCUGCUAUUUAUCAAGGCUGGCCUGAGGUGGUUUUAUGUGUUGAGGAUAUGCAACAUUUAUCGAUACUGCACUAUGGAAAUGGUGAUGGAGGAGUUGUAAAUGGUAACUUAAAAUUUUUGUAAGAUACUGUAUAUUUUCCAUUUUCCUGGAGGUAGUUUUUUGAGGGGCCUGUUAUAUUAUUAAGGCCAGAUUCUUGCCACAAAUAGUGUAGUUUUAGAUACAGACUAAAGUCUGUUUUAGUAUUAGUAAGGGAUAUUUCUGGUUUUAAAGUCAUGGGUUUUGCUAGAUGCAGAUUCAUUUUUGUCAGUUAGAAGAUAGAUACUGCAAUCAGUGGCAGACAAUUGUGCGAUUGACACGAUUUCUCUGUUGCUUCCAGGUUUUGAAUUUUACAUAGUAUAACAGACUCGUUCCGAUCUGUUUCUGUAGUCUGCCAAGAUGCCCUGGUUAUUCUGAUUAUUCCAUGUGCUACAGUUUGAAGUAAAGCCCUGAAAAACCAGAAAGUACCUUUUACUGUUGAUACAAAUUGUAUCUUUUUAACUAUAAGAACUAUUUUGAUUUGUAGAUCUAGUUAAAACACAAAUGUGUAACUAUGAUUAGACUUUUGGGCAACAUUUUAUCCCUUAUUUAAAUACCAAUUUUUAAAGUGAAAUUGAGGUCUUGAAUAGGGUAGAAAAUUAAAGUAAUAAUUUAGGAAAAUAGAAGUGUCUGUCCUAGUUUUAUAUAUUAAAAUAUAUUAAAUAAAUUUAUUGACAUUUUCUUUCUCCUAAAACUUAUCUAGUGUGAACUUAAAAUAAAGGUAAAAUGCUGCCUGAAAAUAAUGUCCAAGCACCUUUGACUAGGAUAACAUUUUCACUACUUGUGCAACACUGUGUGUUGCAUGAAGUAGGAUUUGGGUAAACAGUAAAUGCUUCUAAAAGGCAUUGUGCAUAUUGACAUAUCCAAUAAUCUGAACCGUGUUCAGCAAACUUAAUUCAGGAAAGUGGUGUUCUACACAAUUAUUGCUGUUGUUUUUGAGGUGAGUGUGGCACUCAUCUGUACCCAGAAAUAAUACAAAUGAUGCCUCAUAAACCAUUCCGAGUGGUGUCUGUCUGAGAGCAACCCCACUCACUUGUGAAAUUGUUCUCCUUGAUUUUGUUGGUCACUGUCCGUAGAACAAGCUUAAAUGUAGAGGCUAAACCAGUGCCAAAAAUAGGGUUACAAAUGUGUAGUACCUUUAAUUUUAGUCAUAGUCUAUGCCUUUUUUGUUUGUUUGUUUUAGUAUGAAAUCAUUUUUAAAUUGUACAUAUAGGUUUGCUUCCAUUUUCUUAAUUUUAGCAUUUUAAUUUGAAGAUUCUGCCAAACUACUAGAUUUAUUUAAAUGAGAUCUUAGGUGAAGUGUAUAUCACACCUUUAACCUUCUAAUAUUUUUAGCUAUUUUUCAUUGCUUCAUGGAUUUUAGACUAUGGGAAAUAGUUGUAGCUUGCCACCACCUGUCCUGAAGCGAAUAGCUCUGAACUACCCGCACUGAAGUUCUUCAGUAUAAUUGUGAGUUAAGAUACAGCUGUGUUCUUCUGUCAGGAGGAUAAUUUUUUUUUUUGAAGCACCAGUGUUGCUUUCAGAGCUUAAGAAUCAUAUUUAGCAGACUUAGGUAUAGCAAAUUCGUAAUUAUCUAAAGCCGUAAGUAAAAGGAUCCAUCGUUAAAUCCAUAGCUAAUUCCAGUCCUUCAUUUUAGCCAAAAUUUUCACCUUAAUCAUAUCUUUUACCAGACUUGGUGAUAAAUAACCAGAGAGAUGUGUGUUAGUGAGUAGUAGUGAAACUACCAGGAAAAAGGAUUCAGAUUGGAAUAUUCUGCCCCUGAAUAAUUGAGGGUUGACUGUACUUUACACAGUAAUUACCCGGUUCAUUGUCUCUGUGUCUUAGUACAGAGGGAAUAGUACCCAGCUGGCCAAAUACUGGCCCUUAGUAUUUCCUCCUUUCUUGCAUGUGAUACAUAAUUUUCAGUCUCCUUUUUAUGAUCUCUAUAUCCUGAUAGUUUCUCAUUGACCUAAACAUUUGAGAGAAAUGCACACCAGUAUAAAAUAUUUGAUACUGGUAGAAACUCGAACUUCGUGUUUUUAUGAAAAUUCAUUUAUGAGAAUAUGUAAUAUAACUAAAAAGAGCAUUUUUGUAUAUAUACAUACAUGCAUACAUAUUUGUUAUGAAGUAUUAACAAUGGGGGAGGUGUUAGGUUUUUGAUGGCUAACUUUUCCUUAAUUGAACAAUGUUUCCUUGAGUUGUAGACAAUCAAGUCUGGAGUCUAAAUGACCAAUGAUAAGAUUUAGAACCACUUGAGUGGAAAGCAACUCUUCACUGGUUUUAUUCCUGGUAUUUUUAAAGAAUUAUUUUGAUAAUUUUAAUAGAAUGUGUAAUUUUAAAACAUACAAAAGACCUUAAAGUAGUGAUUAUACAGAUAAUUAUUUAACAUGUCUUUUAUGGAUGUAUCUAUAUGUAUAUAGACAGUAAUAUAUUUAUGAAACAAAUAUACUUUGAUUAUGUUGUAGCUAUUAGUUUGCAAUAGGUGGGAGGGUGGCUCUGGCUACGUAUGUGUGUGUGUCUUGAAAAACUCUUUUUCCCAAUUGGAUGGCAUUUACACUAAGAUAUUUGUACAGUUUUCCAGCCAUUGUGUUAAGAGUAUGGCUCAUCCAUCUUAUUAUCAUUCAGCUCCUGGAGAAUUCCUGAGUGACCUGAUAUUAAACAGGUUAUGGCCAGAGAGAAUGCUUAUAUUCCAAAUAUACUAAACAUAGGAACUCAGCUAGGAUAUUGAGCUUCCUAGGCAUACACCAACAAAUAAAAUGAAGUAUAAAAUAUGUGAACGAUACACAUGCAUUAGGAUAAGAGCAAUCAGAGUGUUAAUAAAAGAGAAACAUGCACUGUUUUAGGUUGGUCUGGGAAACCCACUAGGGCAAGGGUUGACAGACUUUUUCUGUAAAGUAUCAGAUAGCAAAUAAUUCAGGCUUUGAGAAUUUUUAUAUGUUCUCUAUUCACUUCUGCCCUCACAGCAUGAGAGCAGCCUCAGACAGGAUGUAAAUGAAUGGGUGUGGCGGUAUGCCUGUAAAACUUUAUUUACAGAAACUAGCAGCUGACCAGAUUUGGCCUGUGUGCCACAAUUUGCUAAUCCCUGUCCUAGAGGGAGAAAAACAGACACAUUAAGCAUUAAAUCCUGAUAUGUUAAUAUAAGAAAUAAUUAUAUUUCAGUUGACAUUAAAACCUUUUAUUGCCUUCAAAAGAUUGUGAGAUAGUCAUAUUAAAGCAUCUUAAUUCACUUAUGUUUUUACCUGCUCACACCCAUUAUUUGAGAGAUUUCUUACAUUUAACUACCAAAAAUUCUGUAAAAAUGUUGUAAUAAGUAUUGAAAUUUUUUAAUGAACUUUGUAUCUUUAUUGAUAAAUGGGAAUUCCCUACCUACCUUUGUUUCUUAAGGGCCUCAUGGACCAAAAAUUCUGUUGGGUUCUGAAAAUUAGCAUAUAAUUAGACACAAAAUAUUUUAAAGACUGCUUUUAUCAGUUACAUUUUUCUGCUGGUUUUUGACUUGUAAAAAAAUGACAAAUCUGCCCUUCUUUAAAAAUGGUUUUAAAGAAGAUAAAUAUAUUGUAAUUUCACAUACUGUAGCUUUAUUCUGUAAGGUUGAAAAUUGUGACUAGUGUAAUCGUAGCUAUAAUACGAGUGUCUUUGCUGUAUCGAUGACUCUAUAGGAAACAAUGUGUAUCCCUGCUUUCGCUGUCCAAAUCUUUAGUAUAGAUUUUUUUUUUUUUUUUAAGCACCUUAGGACUGUCCUUGGUGAAUGCUAUUUUUAACAGAUCAUGUGUAGUUUUAAAUUCAUUGGAAGUAAACACUGCUGAGCAUGUUCAUUCACAGUGCUUUACAGAUUGUUACAUCGAUAACAUCAUUUCCAUUAGUUUUGAACAUUACAUUCACUUAAGUAGUUAUCCUUUCUCUUAAAAUCAGAAUACAACUCUAGCUUUUAACAGUUCCUGGUUACUUAUUUUUUUCCUUUAAUGCCAUCUGUUAACCUGCUUUUUUACUUCUGUUAACAAUAAUACUGUUUGUGUUAGUGGCUUUUUCUCUAAGGUCCUAAGUCUUUCAGAUUUAAACACAAUUUAAAGUUUUGACCAUUUGGCAGUAAAAAGAAAUGUCUGAAUAUUUUAAUUUAGUUUGAUAAAUUUGUAAAGUUUCACUUUCUAAACCAUGUACCAAAUUUGCCAAUUUUCUGUCCAGAUGCUAUUUCAGAUAAAUAACAAAUGGUGGUUGUUCGUUAACGCUUUUGACCCCUUUCUUAAAGCAGCUUAUGUCUCAAGGGAAAAAGACAUUGAAGAGCAAUGGUUUGCUUUUAUAAAAAAUAUGUUUCAGUUUUCCUUAGAUUUUUUGAAAUUGUUAAUUUCCUAGCUGACACAAAAUACCCACAAACAUGCAAACUUCUGCAGACACAGACAGAGCAUUGCAAGUGAACCAGAUUACUGAUUUUAUCUUUUCCUCUCCCACUAUGGUUGUAUCUUGAUAGAAUUUCCAAUUUGAUCUUUCAGACUUUUCUUAUAGGAAAAUAAGGCAAAGAAUAUGUUUAGAACAACCAUCUGAUAAACCGUUGUGAUUCUGUUUAUCCACUGUCUGUUCUGUGUGUUUCUGUAAUGGAAGUUUUACAACUCCAAAAAGCAGUAUUUUAGACCAACUGGAAAUCGUAUCAAAACAGCUAUGUGAUUCUGCCACUGAAAAAAAAAAAUUAAAAAAUUCAUUUUUU